ACCAAAUGGAUCAACCAGAAGAUGACUCAGAAGACAUAAUUAACUCUUCCCUGAACAAAGUGAAGACUUAUAGAUGGUUCUUCUUUUUAGGGAUAAUUCCAAUAAUCCUCUCCUUCGCUUUCAGUGACCUUAUUGUAGAUAGUUUGAACUUUUUAGAACUCAUGCCACUUGGAUUAGAAUGAAAAACUUCUAAAAUGAGCUCUAAUGGUGAAGUACUGUGGGUUUCUUGAUCAAUCAACCGUAUAUGCAACCAGAAGCAUGGUGACAACAUCAUACGUGAUGAUAGAGGGAUUGCUGUCUCUCGCAAGGCUCAAGGAGACUAUUACUCUCUCCAAAAUUGGGUUGAAAACAUGGAAAUUCAGUGAAAAAGUAAUUUUCAAGUUGGUGCCAUUGGAUCAGCUGCUUUUGUUGGAAUGACAAUUGGCUCAAUCCUUGGAGCUGGUCUCUCUGCUAAGUAUGGCAGAAAGUUGAUUUAUAUUGGAGGACUCAUACUUACCAGUUUGUCUCUGAUUAUCGUCACAGCUAUUCCUACAUACUACACAGGAAUCUUUGCACUUUUGGUGUACGGAAUUGGAGUAUUCCCCAGGAUGACAAUAGGCUAUGUUUAUGCUCUCGAAAUCACUCCAGAAAGGGCAACAAGAACUCUUGGGAUGCUGAUGUUUGUAGGAGAGUGUACUACUAUUAUAUUCUCUAACCUCUACUUGGUGCUUGGAGGUAGAAAUGCUCUCUUUUUUGUCUGGAUUUCCUUAGCUUUUUCAGUUUCUCCUUUAAUUUUCACUAUAAUUCUUCCUGAGAGCCCAAAAUAUCUUCACUCUGUGAAAAAUUAUGAAGGAGCUAAGAAGAGUUUACAGAAAAUAGCAGCAUUGAACGGUCAAAAAGGAGAGGAUUUCAGCGACUACAACCCUCGGAAACGAACAUCCAUGUCUCAUACUGGCGAAGUGGAUGAAAAAGUUGCUUUAUUCGGCUUCCUAGAUCUGUGGAGAGACAAGACCUCUCUUAAGAACACAAUCGCCAUGGCAUAUCUUUGGGGUUUCUAUACAUUUGGUCAUCACUGAUUAAUAUUCAUGGAGAAGUACUUCCCAGGGGACAAGUACAUGAAUGGACUAAUGAUAGCUAUUGCUGUAACUAUAGCUCCCUUGCUUACAAGGGUUAUCCAAGUGUAUAUGUCAAGCAAGAGCAUAUAUGUUCUGUUCUCAUGACUAUCAAUCUUGUUUAGUGCUCUACAUAUGAUGGCAUUCUCCAACGACUCGAUUCCAGCCCUUGUGAUGGUAGUCCUGGUUGCUAUUUGCAUUGAUGCAAUCGGAUUUACCAAUUAUUACGUGGAAUUUGAAUAUUUUAACCCAAAAAUUGCCACUCUUGCCUAUGGAAUCUGAUCCCUAGUCGGAAGAGGCUCUGCAAUAUUUGCUCCAUUAGUGGUAGAAGAACUAGAUGACACAAUGUUCAUCUUUUUCUUCAUGUCUAUUGUAGCCCUAUUAAGCAUUGUAUUCAUCGAAAAACCAGCUGUCACAGAAUUUAAGAACGAGAACCAAGAUGAUGAGAAGAAAAAUAAGGAAAUAGACUGGUAA